AUGUUUCGCUGCCUCGCUUUGGUCGCCACCUGCAUCGGCCUGCACUUCCUUAGUCCUGCCUCAUCGGUAUCUCCACACGGCUCGUCUCUGGGUAUCCAGCAAGCGACACUCCUCCAGCUCCUCAAGUGGGGCUUAGGCGCUUGGGCAGCUGUCGAAUUUAACGCGGCGUUGAACAGCUGGGCUGAGAACAGAUGGAAAUGGAGCGUUGACAAAAGCGAUUGGAACUGGCCAAGUGAGCUGGCAGUCGUCACCGGCGGUUCGGCCGGCAUUGGAGCCUGCGUUGUGAAGAAGCUUGUUUCUCACGGCAUCAAGGUCGCCGUCUUGGACAUUGGGCCAUUGUCGAGCCAGUUUACUGAUGCUGAGCGAGAGCUCAUUCGAUAUUAUCGGUGCGAUGUCACUUCUCGAGAUUCAAUUCAGAGCGCAGCGCAAGGUAUCCGCUCUGACUUAGGCUCACCCUCAAUUCUGAUCAAUAAUGCCGGCAUCGGCAAUGCAUACACAAUCCUCGACAUCCCUACAGAAGCCUUGAGGAACAUGUUCGACAUCAACCUGAUAAGUCAAUGGAGCACUAUACAAGAGUUCCUACCGGAUAUGAUUGCCAAAAAGAAAGGCCACAUCAUGAGUGUCGCGAGCUUAGCCUCUUUCGUGGCUCUUGCAGGAGCGGUCGACUACAGCGCUACGAAGGCAGCCCUCCUCGCUCUCCACGAAGGCCUGACACAGGAACUGAAGCAUCGAUACAAGUGCCCACAGAUCAGGACAACUAUCGUACAUCCAGGCUGGACAAAGUCGGCAAUAACUUCACACGAGGCGAUAAAAGCUGGCUUGAAGCGGGUUGGCGCCAGUUUACUGGAGCCCGAGGAUGUCGCUGAUGCCAUGGUCAAACAGAUCAUCGCUGCGAAGAGCGGACAGAUUGUCUUGGGUCCCCGAAUCUCACCCAAGAUACGCGCUUUUCCCAUAUGGCUGCAGGAGAUUGUCAGAGAUAGCCAAGCCAACGUGGUUUCUGGGAGCGGAUCAACUGCAACGGAGUAA